AGUGUAGGCUGAGCUUUACUUAACUGAGGGGUUGGUUUAUAUUCUAGUUCUGUAUGCCCGAAUAAACAUAAACAUAAACAUAAACAUAGAGCCCAGUCGAGCUCAGCACUUUGAACAUGGGGGAGAAAGAGGAGACCGUCGCGCUCAAACGGACCAGUUCGGAGCAGAAGAAGCUGCGUUCUCGUGAUGCGGCCAGAUGUAGGCGGAGUCAGGAGACAGAGGUGUUUUAUGACCUCGCCCACACUCUGCCGCUCCCCCGUAGAGUCUGCACCCACCUGGACAAAUCUACCAUCAUGAGAGUGGCCCUCAGCUUCCUGCGGAUGCACCUCCUCCUGCGACCCGCAGGUGAGAAUCAGAGAGAGGAGUCUAAAGAGGAGGAAGAGGAGGAAGAGGAGGAAGAGGAGGAAGAUCCUAUGGAUGCUCUCUAUCCUCAGGCCCUGGCUGGAUUCAUCCUGGUGAUGAGUGAAGAGGGAGACAUGAUCUACCUGACGGAGAACGUCAACAGACACGUCGGCAUCACACAGCUGGAGCUGCUGGGUCAGAGUAUUUAUGACUUUGUUCAUCCCUGUGAUCAGGAGGAGCUCAGAGACCUGCUGACUUCACGUUCAGGUCUGCAGAAGAAAGGGUUGGCAGAACAGCCGAGUGAGAGGAACUUCUUCCUGCGAAUGAAGAACACGCUGACCAGCAGGGGGCGCACUGUCAACAUCAAGUCUGCUGUCUGGAAGGUCCUCCACUGCACAGGUCACAUCCGUCAGUUGUCGCCCCCUGCAGGCCGAGUGAUGACUCUGCUGUGUGAACCUGUCCCUCACCCGUCCUGCGUGGAGCUCCCUCUGGACACCUGCACCUUCCUCACCCGCCACAGCAUGGACCUGCGCUUCACACACUGCGAGGGCAGGGUGACAGAGUUGGUGGGAUACAAACCUGAAGAUCUGAUUGGCCGCUCAGCCUAUGAGUUUUAUCACGCGCUCGACUCUGAUCACGUCAACAAGAGCCUGCACACGUUGCUGUCCAAAGGUCAGGUGAGCACCAGACAUUACCGUUUCCUGGCCAACAGCGGCGGCUUUGUCUGGGCGGAGACUCAGGCGACCGUCCUCUACAGCAGCAAGACGUCACAGCCCGAGGCCGUCAUCUGCCUCAACUUCAUACUCAGUGCCGUGGAGCAGCCAGACGUGGUUUUCUCCGUGGAGCAGGUCCGCUGUGGCCGGCUGCCUGAAGCUGAACCACACUCACCAGCAGUUGCACCAGAGGAUUGUGGGACUUCUGACAUCAGCGACAGUGAGCGUCUCUGCAGCUCCAGUCAGUCUGAGGACGCCGGUUUGAAUCCCAGCAGCGCUGCAGAGCUCUUCUUCAAAGUGAAGGAGAUUGUGGAGGAGCUUUUCCAGCCCUCUCCGGAGGCCGAUGGCGUCAUUGUCCCGCUGACAGGAGAUUUUGUUGAGCUGUCGUUCUCCAGUCUCUGCGGUGAAACCUCGCUGCCAGAGCACCCUCAGGACCUGUGCACUCCCCAGCUGAGACAGCUCCUCUCACCCAUCUUCAGCCCCAUCACUCCACCUUCCUCAUCAUCACCAGUCUCCUCACCUGAUUUUCAACUGGAGGUGAUGGAUCUGGACAUGUUGGCUCCGUAUAUCUCUAUGGACGAUGACUUCCAGCUGACGGUGUUCAGCAGUUUGCCAGAGGAAGCCGACAAACCUCCGUCUGAACCCUCAACCGUCACAGGCCGCAGGAAACGGACUCAUAACCCAGAUGAGGAGAUGCUGAUGAUUCAGGACAAGAGACAGAAACAAGAGCCUUCCUCAAUAGAAGAGGAACUUCUUCUCCUGAGCUGUCUGGAGGAAACCAACCAAUCAGAUUUGUUCCUGGAGCUGGCUCCUGCAGGGCGGAGUCAGCUGCUCACAGACAGAGACCCGAUUUUAGGAGCCAUACAGGGACUGUGUGAUACUGCUGCUGUGAUGAGGGACACAUCCACACCUCGUCCCACUGACCUGUCGCCGCCGCUCUCGCCUAUGACUUGAGUCAACGCAGGACACGGAUAUAGACUCACACGCUGCGUAACCAUGCUGUUACCAAACCAGCACAGUCACAAACCACGCUGCAGUUUGCAGUUUUUUUCAGUUUGUGUUUUCUUCCAAGUCACACCGACAAACAGGUGUGAAUAUCAGUGGCAUAUACUUAUACACUGAACUCUUAUUACUGUGUUACCUAGAGGACAAUCGUCUCCAUAUUACUCUUGGUGUUUAUUUUAAUCUUCAGGUGGGAGGGGUUUACCGCGUCGAACACUACAGGCUAACGUUAGACAUCAAUCACAGAAACGUUUAGUAACAUUUCAGACACAUCGCUAUGACUGAAAUGUCUCCUGUGUUAUCAAAGGGGACUAGAACUAACUAAAUAAAUAGAAUGCAGUUUGAUUGAUUUGGAUAAACUUGCAGUACAAACAGUAGCGUCGGUUGUUUAUGCAUCCAUUAAGAAUGUCAUUAAAAUACUAGUUUUAAUUGUCAAUGUAAGUUUGAUUUUAUAACACGUAUACAUACGAGAUGUAACAAGAGUAGAUUUGUAUUUUUCAGCGGCAGUGUUGAGUGAAACAUUGUGAUGCUUCUGUUAUUUUAUGAACUGCAGACUAUUGGUCCUCAUUCAGUGUAAAAUGUCCAUUUCUGUUUAUUUCUAAAAAGUUCUCUGUGCCUUUUUUAUCAUCCAGUGAAAGACGAAUGAAAUAUGCUUUCUAUCAUUUUUACAGUUUUUAUCCCGUUUGCAUUCUUAAGCUAAAUAAAGCUGGUGAAGCAGAA